AACUCAGUGCCAGGGACGGCCUUUACGCGAUGACGUCGCACGGUUCGUCACCACGUCGUACGUACGUCUCCUAUGCUAAGUGCUAUCUGUAGCUCUGCGUGCCUCCUGUUGUUGUCAGAGAGACUAACUAGAAAUACCGGUCAACUUCGUCAGUUAAGAACCGUUACCAGUCACCGGAGCGCUCCGUCUGAGUGUCCGUGUCGGGGCCCGUUGCCAUGGCGCUGCAAGGCCCGGAGGAGCUGGGCGAGCAGGUCGAAGAGCCGGAGGACCUGGACGACCAGGACGCUAGUAGCAUCUCCCCGGCCGAGGAGAUCACUCUGCCGGCCGGGCCCGGAGGAGGAGACGACCAGGACCCGGAGGAGGCUCUGCUGCUGCCCUGGGACCGCUUCUCCUCCUGGCUGCACUGCAUCUGUGUGGUGGGCUUCGACCUGGAGCUGGGACAAGCGGUGGAGGUUAUUUAUCCUCAUCAUUCCAAACUGUCGGAGAAAGAGAAAACGAGCAUCUGCUACCUUUCCUUUCCUGACUCCAACUCAGGUUGCCUUGGCGACACCCAGUUCUGCUUCCGCUUUCGUCAGGGUUCAAACAGGAAGUCGUCGCUCGGCUGUUUCCUGGAAACCACCGACCGGGACGCACCGCCCUGUCUAAAGAGGGAACAGGGCCAUUACUAUGGUUACGUGUACUUCCGUCAGGUGCGAGACAAAUCCCUGAAGAGAGGAUACUUCCAGAAGUCUCUGGUCCUGAUCAGUAAGCUGCCCUAUGUGACCUUCUUCCACUCCCUGUUGAAGAUCAUGGCUCCAGAAUACUUCGAGAAACAGGAACCCUGUCUGGAAGCUGCUUGUAAUGACAUAGACCGCUGGCCGACGCCCCAUCCUGGACGAAUCCUCACGCUUCCCAUCAUGGGCGUGGUCAUCAAGGUUCGCAUCCCGACCUGUUACGACAAACCAGGAACCUCACAGCUGGUCCAGUCCGCCCAGAGUGACAGUCAGGUGUCCAUCGUGCUCCCAACCAUCCAUGAAGUCGACCUCUUCAGGUGUUUCUACCCGGUCUUCUUCCACAUCCAGAUGCUGUGGGAGUUGGUGUUGCUGGGGGAGGCACUCGUCGUCAUGGCGCCGUCGCCAGCGGAGUCAUCGGAUACAGUACUGGCAUUGGUCAGCUGCAUCUCUCCUCUGCGUUACUGCAGUGACUUCCGGCCGUAUUUCACCAUCCACGACAGCGAGUUCAAGGAGUACACCACAAGGACGCAGGCUCCGCCGUCAGUCAUUCUGGGAGUGACCAAUCCCUUCUUUGCUAAAACCCUGCAGCACUGGCCGCACAUCAUCCGCAUCGGAGACAUGAAGCAAGCAGGAGAGAUGGCCAAGCAGAUGAAAGUCAAGAAACUGAAAAACCUCAAAACUCUGGACUCUAAACCUGGUGUGUACACUGCAUAUAAGCCGUAUGUCAACAAAGAUGAAGACAUCAUCAAACAGCUUCAGAAGGGUGUUCAACAGAAGAGACCCUCAGCAGCCCAGAAUGCAAUUCUUCGACGCUACUUCUUAGAACUGACACAGAGCUUCAUCAUUCCACUGGAGCGGUACGUGGCCAGUCUGAUGCCUCUCCAGAAGUCCAUCAGUCCGUGGAAGAGUCCUCCUCAACUACGACCGUUCAUCCAGCAGGACUUCAUGAAGACGCUGGAGAAAGCUGGACCUCAGCUCACAUCCAGACUGAAGGGAGACUGGAUCGGACUUUACAGGCAUUUCCUCAAGUCUCCCAACUUUGACGGCUGGUUCCGCAACAGGAGGAGAGAGAUGACCCAGAAGCUGGAGGCUCUGCACCUUGAGGCGCUGUGUGAGGAGGAUCUGCAGCAGAGAGUCCAGCAGCACUCGGAGGUGGAGACUGUUGAUCUGGUUCUGAAGCUGAAAGAUAAACUGGGUCAGGCAGAGAGGGAGCAGCUCCCGGUGCGUCCGGGGACUGUGUCCAAGCUGCGGGACCACAUUGAGGCCGUCAUCCUGGCCUUACCAGAGGACCUGCAGGGCAUCCUCCACAAGCCUUCCACACCCUGACCUCUAACCCCUCGGUCUGCAACUCUAACCCCAGUCUGAGCUUGUUUUAAAGUUCGGGGGGGUAGUGGUUCUCCUCCCAGUUGGCUUCCACGUGGAGAGACCCCCCGUUUACUCAGACUGGGCCCCAGUGUGAGGACCUCUUCUGGUCUAACAUGGAAAGCACACAGCGUAUUUUCGUUUCCCAAAAUAUACAUCCAACUGCAGUUGUAUUUACUUUCUUUUUCUCCCCGAACUGACUCAGUGGGAUUCACACUAAACGUGCCGCUCACGUCUCAGUGAUCGCGUGGGGGUCAAAGGACCAGCCGGACCAGGACGCAGCUGAGCGACACUGAAGAGUUUUCAGGAGGUGAAUCAGCAUUUCAAAAUUCUGAGGAGGUUUUUCGUCAGAGACGGAGCGCUUGAUUCAUGACAGCUUUGCUCUUGCGACAUCCAGCUCAGUACCAGAGUGUCUGGCCUGUGUGCAGACUGAUUUGUCAUCACCGUGAAGGUAAGAGCAGGAAGAUGAACCCAGUUGACCUUUGACCCUCAGUAUUUUUACCUCUUGAUGUUUUUAUUUUUACUUUUUUAACUUUUGACGAUGGACUGCUGCAGUCCGGCGGAACUGACUUUGGAGUUUUUCAUCCAUUUAAAAAACAAAAAAUGUUUUAAAAGAAGUGCACUUCAUUACUAACUGGACCGGUGUGCCCUUCACACGCACACACACACACACACACACACACACGCUUUUAUGCAAACAAACUGAGCCGUUCAGAGCCAAACAGUGCUUUAGAAUUAGGUUUUACUACAAUAUUGUCCAUUACAGAAGCACUCAGCAUUAAGCACCAGCGACCCUGUUAUAACUGUCAAUGCAGUAAAACGACUCUUGUCUCGUGUGCUCAGGAGCCAAUCACAACCCUGUAUCCAUGUCACAUGAUCUUUGUGUAGCCUAUCAUAACACUCUGAGGGAAAUAUUCAAAAUUGUCCUGUAAUGUUCAGAAAAUCAUUAGAUUUGUAAUUUUCUGAAGACUGAAUCCAAAACGUGAUAAACCUGUUUUUAUUUCAGCUGAUUCUGAGCUCCUCUGAGGGUCAAACAAAGUGUUUGACCCGUCGGACUGUGAAGAGCCAUGUUCGCCAAGGAAGAAAAAAGAAACGGAUGAAAAGUUAGAAAUGUUAAAAAUACUCUCCGUAAAUCACAAUUAUGAGA